UAAGCAUCUACCGUCAACAUUUUGUCAAGUUGAUUGAUCACUGAUUAACGUUAACAAUGGCAUCGUACGUAUCUGAUUUUUACAAUGGCAAAAGCAUAUUCAUCACCGGUGGCACCGGUUUUGUCGGGGUCUGCUUGAUAGAGAAACUCUUGAGAUGUUGCCCUGAUAUUAAGAACAUUUAUUUGCUAAUACGACCGAAGAAGGGAAAGCAGAUCACGGAGAGAUUGGAAGAAUUGACGAAAAACUCGGUCUUUAACCGAAUGAGGGAGGAGAACCAAACCGAUUUAUUUGAUAAGCUGAUCGCAAUUGCUGGAGAUGUUAGUGAAGAAAAUUUAGGAUUGUCUUCUCAAGAUCGAACAAUCUUAAUAAAUACAGUAGAAGUCGUUUUUCAUUCAGCCGCUACGUUGGACUUUGAGGCUGAUCUAAAGACUACAGUAAAUAUUAACUUAUUGGGAACUCGUAGAAUCGUCCACCUCUGUCGAGAGAUAAAAAAACUCAAGGCGCUGGUUCAUGUUUCUAGUGCGUAUGUUAAUGCAGUAUUGCAUAAUGUUGAUGAAAUAAUAUAUCCCGCGCCAGCGGACGUGAAUACACUUUUGAAGCUUGUCGAUACACUAGAUGACGCCACCUUAAAUUCCAAAACACCUGAAAUAUUGAAGAAUCAUCCAAAUCCUUAUACAUUCACCAAACAUUUGGCUGAACACGAAGUAGUAAACGGAGGUUUUCCAGCAACUAUCGUUCGUCCUUCGAUGAUUGCAGGAGCAUGGAAGGAACCAGUUCCAGGGUGGACAAUUUCAAAGAAUGGACCACAAGGUUUUAUAUUAGGUGCCGGUAAGGGUAUCAUAAGAAGAUUACCAGUUGCAAAACAUCUUAUUUAUGAUUAUAUUCCAGUAGAUAUAGUCGUAAAUAGUCUAAUUGUUGCAGGUUAUAAUGUUGACCGUGACAGUGACAAUGGGUUAAAGGUGUAUCAUUGUACAUCCAGUACAUGUAACCCUUUUAAAUGGGAGUUGAUAGAAAACAAAAUUAAUAACCAUUUACACAAUUAUCCAUUACGAAGCGCCAUUUGGUAUCCACAUAUAAAGUUACUACCAUCGCUCUUUUUAUUUAAAAUCUCAGCUAUUUUCUUUCAUUUCAUUCCUGCUUAUAUUUUGGAUGCAGUCACAAAAUUAUGCGGAAGCCGUCCUAUUCUGGUUCGUUUGCAUACAAAUGUCAGCAGAUCAUUAGGACGCCUUGAGAAAUUUAUCUUUCAAGAAUGGAAAUUUAAUAAUCCGCGCAUGUUGCAGUUGCACGAAUCGUUAUCACUAGAAGAUCAAAAAUUAUUUACGCUGGACAUGAGACCGUUAAACUGGCCAAACUAUUUUAUAGAAUUGGUACAAGGUGUUAGAACAUAUCUUCAUAAGGAAUCUCCAAAAUCUUUACCAAAAGCACGUUCCAAAGAUAAAAUUCUUAUGGUCGCUCAUCUGGGUUUGCAAGCUGCUCUACUAGGUUUAAUUUGGUGGCUAGUUAAAGUUUUAUUUGCUACAACGUGGACAAAAACUGGUUUAGUCGUACCAAUAAUGUACUUGCUUUUUGAUCAGUUAUAA